AUGAUGUACCGAAUGGCUCUCGAGAAGAACCUGAGCAUGGAGCAGCGGGACGAAGGUGGGAAAUUCCUGGUCAAACACAUCAUGCCUUUCGACUUCGAGACCGUCCAGGAUUGCCCGGCCUUGUUCCGAGGAAUGAAUGCCAUGAACUACGUCCCCAUCAUCGCCGUCCUCGUCUACAUCCUAAGCAUCUACGCCUUCAGGUCCUGGAUGAGAGACCGGAAGCCGUUCGACCUGAGGGUCCCCAUGGUUCUCUGGAACACCUUAUUGGCCCUCUUCAGCGGAAUCGUCACGUUCCGCAUCUUCUACUCACAGUUCUACACAGCCCACAUGGACGGCUUAGACAGGAAUUGCCCUUACUUUUUGAAACACCCUCAUAUUUUCACGUUUNAUUGCCCGGCCUUGUUCCGAGGAAUGAAUGCCAUGAACUACGUCCCCAUCAUCGCCGUCCUCGUCUACAUCCUAAGCAUCUACGCCUUCAGGUCCUGGAUGAGAGACCGGAAGCCGUUCGACCUGAGGGUCCCCAUGGUUCUCUGGAACACCUUAUUGGCCCUCUUCAGCGGAAUCGUCACGUUCCGCAUCUUCUACUCACAGUUCUACACA